AUGGACAUGGCAACACUGUCUGUGCCACCACCAACAUCCACUAGCGAAGGUUUUGGAACCAAUGACUCAAGAAAUGCCAUGAAAAUGGAUCGGUACCAGAGGGUUGAGAAGCCUAGGGUGGAGACUCCGAUUGACGAGAAUGAGAUUCGGAUUACGAGUCAGGGGAGGAUGCGAAGCUAUAUCACUUAUGCCAUGGGUCUGCUUCAGGAAAAAGGUUCUCCAGAAAUUGUGUUCAAGGCAAUGGGUAGAGCUAUCAACAAAACUGUAACAAUUGUGGAGUUAAUUAAGAGGAGAAUUAUUGGUCUUCAUCAAAUUACCUCAAUCAGAUCCACCGACAUAACUGAUACAUGGGAGCCCCUGGAGGAAGGCCUUCUCCCCUUGGAAACCACUAGGCAUGUUUCGAUGAUCACCAUAAUUCUAUCAAUGAAGGAGCUGGAUACAUCAUCUGUUGGGUGAGUUGGGUUUAGUCACAUUUCAUUUUCCUAUGUAAAAUUUUUAUGACUAAGCUUUCUAGCGGUAGUAGUGUAUCUGUUAAUAGGCUCUUAAAUAGUGUGAUUGCUUGCUAAAAACUAGAAAAUGAUCUAAAUGAUAUGAUUUCUUCCCAAUAUGUGUCCUACCACUGUGAGCAAUGGCUUCAUCAUUUUAAUUCAUUACUAAAUAGCUUGGCAUUUUGUUAAUGUUGACAAAUGGAAGAUAAAAAAUGUUCGAUAUCUUGACAUUUGUCUAUGUGUGGGUUCCUUGCUUUUUAAUCUUGUCUCAAAAUAUUGAAUUUUAGGAUCCCUAGAAAUUGUGAAAAGAGGUAAGUAAUUUGUAUGAGUAAUAGAUUUGGAAUUCUAAUGAUAAGAAAUGUUUGGCAUAACCUUGAAUCUGAUUGAAAGAUAUAACCACUUAACAAAGCCUUGCCUCAACGUUUUUGGGGUCGACUACAUGAAUCCUGUUUUACCAUUAUGUUCUGGGCUCUACUAAGGGCUAUAUUUUUUGUUGAACUAUAAGUUAUCAUAUCUUACUUUAUUAUUUCAUUUGAAGUUAAUUUUAGUAUUCCUCAACCCCUAUAUUUAUCGUCAAUAGGUAUCAUGUCACUGUUUCUCAUCGGUAGCGUAGUAGUCUAUAUAUAAAUAUGUGAUGUAGAGGGAAGAGAAAGAAAGGGGAUAUUAAAUCCUCAAAAGGAUUAUGUCAAGAAGCACAAAUUUUUGUAGAGAAUUCUCAAACUAAUAUUUAACUCUGAUUAAAAUAAUAUAGAGUACAUCCUUAUUUAUAAAUCAAUUGUCCUAUCAUAAAUGAAUUACUCUACUAUUAAAAUUCUAUCACCCUACUAAUUUC